CCCUUUUAGCCAGACGCCCGACAGAAAGACCAGAGUCCAGACUUCGAAACCUAUUUUUACCGUCAAAAACAAAACCCCCCAACUUCUUCUUCUUCCAGCGUUCUCUAGACUUCCAAAGGCUCUUCCUUUUUUUCAUCUUUUCGGUGAUACGAAAGAUUCCAAAGAAAUGGGCCGAGUAGCAGAAAGUUCACCGGCUCUCAAAAGAUAACGAGCUGAUACUCCGAAGCUCAGUGAGGCUGAGCGCACAAUCUAUGACCUUAUCAUAAGUACAGAAGAUAUGGGAAUAUGGACGAGGGAAAUAAAGUUUAAAAUCAAAGUAAUUCCUGACACCGUUGUUAACAAGUCUAUCAAAUCUCUCAAGGACAAAAGACUGAUAAAAGAGGUUGUUAGCAUUCAGAACAAAGGAAAAAAAAUGUUAAUGGGUUCCGACUUCCAACCCUCGGUUGAACUCACUGGUGGUGACUGGUAUUCGGAAGGGAGAUUAGAUACAGCGCUUAUUGAGUUGGCACAAGAACGGUGUUUGCAGUUUCUCUCUAGAUCGAAGGUUGCAACAGUUGCGGAGAUUGCUGAAGCUCUCAACAAUAUGCCAGUAUUUACUGUUAAGUUUACUGGUAGGCAAAUUGAAGAACUUGUGCAGAGUUUGGUUUUGGACAAAAAGAUUAUGCAGGAAAUAAGUACUGGUAAAGGGGACUUUGCAAAAAUUUCGCUGGGCGAACAAUGCUACCGAUGUACAAAUAGAAGAGGGCUUCCAAAAACAGGGGCCUUGGGUUCAAUUCCUUGUGGAGUCUGUCCUUGUCUGAAUGAGUGCACGCCUGAUGGAAUCAUCUCUCCCACCACUUGUGUUUACUUCAAGAAAUGGUUAGACUUUUAGUAAACUUUGCUAGUUCUUACUCAAAAAAACGAAAAAAAAGAGAAAAAAAAAACGGACAAUUUUGUUUGAACUUGUACAUGAAGAGCACCUUAUCCGCACUGCGAGGUCAAUUUACACCCACAAGUGGAGAACAUCGUUUCUCUGAAAACCUUCAUUCCCAAAGAAGCUAAAAUUAGUGAAUCUGAUCGUCCUGAUGAGCUGAUGCUCCCUUUUGAUUACAACCUAACGACAGGACGGCUGACUACGGGAAGAAAAAAACAUACUUUUUAUUCUUUCUUUUAGUAUUUUUUUUUGGUGCUAUUUCAGUUUUUCUAUUCAGACUACUAAUUUUUUCUAUUCAGACUACUAUUUUUUUAUUUUACAUAUUGCUUAUCUGUAUAUUAAUUUCUUGAAGAUCUAUAUUGAAGACUGAAUUGACACUGCAAUUGCCAAUAUGCUUAAACAGGUUUUUGAUUCUGUUCACAUUGCUUAUUUGGAUGAUAGCAAUCACAAUUGCAGAAUAUAUAGAAUGUGAUUAUUUACAAGCUUAUCUGUAGCCUUAGGAACUGAGAAUGUCACGUCUCACUUAGGCUGUUCAUUGCUUUUAACUUAAAAGUUAUGUUUAAAUCUAGGGAAGUUGCUGUUGCCGUAUGUUAGCCUAUAUAGGGGGUAUGACACUGUGCACGGUUGAGAUACACAACUUGUAGUAUAUUUGCUUAAGGCGUAUUACAAUCUGUGUUCAGUAAGGUAUUGGUUCUCCAUUUCCUAAAAAGUUAUAAUAGUUUCCACAUUGUAUUCGCAAGGCACUGAUACGAGUUUCAGCUUUCUGUAAUCUUCUGGUUUGUUUGCCUGGUAUAGGCAUAUAGCUUGCUUUAUGCUUCAGCAGGACCAGUAAGGUACAGGUAAAUUUAAGAGUUAACUCUAUGAAAUUCUGAGCAAGAGUUCUACUUUCUUAUAGCUUUACCAUAUUUUGGCUUACUUUACGAGUUCUACUUUCUUAUAAUCAUCAAGGUUUUAAUGGUUUUCUGUGAAGCUGAUAUUGACGCUGAAGAGAUUUUCAGGAAUUUCUUUCUACUUACUUAUAAUCAUCAAGGUUUUAAUGGUUUUCUGUGAAACUGAUAUUGACGCUGAAGAGAUUUUCAGGAAUUUCUUUCUACUUUCUUAUAAUCAUCAAGGUUUUAAUGGUUUUCUGUGAAGCUGAUAUUGAUGCUGAACAGAUUUUCAGGAAUAUCUUCUUUGGUGGCGGAAUGCCGAGAACGAUAACUCAUGGUGAAAGAAAGUGUCAAUCCACCGUCUGUCUACUGCAUGUUUGUCAUUUACACAGGGUAGCUCAGCAAAAAAAUUCUGAUGUUUCCCUAUGGUUGGCCAUUUUCCUACAUUUUGGAGAAGGGAUAGGGUGGGAACUUCCUUCCAUACUCAGAGUCAACUUACUGAGUUGCUGUAUUCAAAGUCAACCAUUUGCCUCUUUACAAGUAACUUCAAUCUCUUUCAGACAAAAAGAUUAAUGGGGAUAUGGCAAGCAGAAGCUGCAGGACUACUACUCCUUCAGCUCUUACUAGCAAGUGCAUUUGCAGCAGAUCUUCAAAACCUUGACUUUGAAACACCACCAACAAACAUACCAAAAAACUCAACAAACCAAUUUAUACCACUGAAUUCAACGAUCAAUACCCUGCCAGGAUGGUCAUACCAAGGCACUGUACAGUAUGUCAUUUCCUCAGGUCAGGGAGGAAAUGCAAUAUACUUGGGCCAAAAUGGAAAGAUUAAUCAAAAUGGUAAUCAAACAUUUAAAGAUGAUCUAAAUUAUGAUUAUUUGCUGACAUUUAGUCUUAAACCAGCUCAACCAAAUUGUACUAGUCCUACUAGUGUUACCAUUUCUGUCCCAAAUAGAUCAGUUGUUGUCUCAUUCGACAAGAAAUUUGGGAAUUCAAGUAGUUGGCAAACUCAUGCUUGUUAUUUGGGUGUUCAUGGAAAUAAAGAGUUGAUUAAACUUAUGAUUGAAAAUCAAAGUACUAACACCACUAAAUGUGGUGUGAUUUUGGAUUCAUUCAUUCUCAAGCUAAUCCCAAAUCCUGUAAGUUAUGGUUAUAACAUGUUGGAUGAGUUUGAUAAUGGGCCAGUAAUCAACAGACAAAAGAAAAACCUGGUGCUAAAUGGCGGGUUCGAAGUUGGGCCAGCAUUUCCCAACAACUCCUUUGGUGGCGUUCUUAUUGGUGCGGAAUCAAAUUCAACUCAAUCGUCAUUAAACCGGUGGGAAAUAUUUGGAACGGUGAAAUACAUAACCACAAACAAAAACUAUUCUGUUCCUGAAGGAGUUGCUGCAAUCGAGCUUGUGUCGGGGAAAUUAAGUGGAGUACAAACAACAGUUACACUAGAAAAAGGUUUCACAUAUAUCUUGGAUGUUUCCAUUUAUGAAAAUAAUGAAGCAUGUAUUGGUGAUUUCGAAGUGGGUGUUCAAGCAGGAUCAACAGUUCAGAAUUUCACAAUAGAAAGAAAUGGAAAGGUUUGGGGGACGAGUUUUGGAUGGCAUAUUAAAGCAGAUUCGAGUGUCACUCCUAUUAGUAUCCGAAGUUUCGCAACAACAAAAACUAAAGAUCAAGUUCUCUGUGGUCCUGUUAUUGAUAAGGUUAUUAUAGAACUUCUUGUUUCAUAUGGCUUGAAAUUGCAAAUAAGCAUUCUGUUUGUUGGUAUUGGGUUUCUUGUAACUCUUGCACAGAUUACUGGAUAGAUAUUGUUGCAGAAAAUGGAGUACCGUUUGUGUUUUACA